GUUGUUUUCCGCCUGUCUGGCUCUCUACGUCGAGUCGCAUGGACGACAACGGGCGCAUGCUCGUCGCGGUGCGCUUGCGGCCCAAGCUCGCAUCCGAAGCCCACGAGCUGGAUGCAGUGACCGUGCGCGGCGAGAAGCUGCAGCUGCUGCACGCGCCGUGGACGCGGCUGCACACGUCGUACCAAUUCGACCACGUCUUUCGCGCGUCGGCGUCCAACGCGGACAUUUACGCUGUCUUUUUAGCUCCCGUCGUCGCGUCGGUCGUGGGCGGCAACCACGCGACGAUCCUGGCGUAUGGACAAACGGGCACGGGCAAGACACACACGAUGCUUGGCCGCGACCUCUGGGGGCUCUGCGCGUCGCCCGAGCACCCACCCUCGGACCUCUCACCGGAUGCGGGCCUCAUGGGACUCGUGGCCGCCGCGCUCCUUCAGCACGAAGCGUCGCUGCAGUGUACGUAUCUCGAACUCUACAACGACAAGGUGUACGACUUGCUCGCCGAUGGGAGCGUGAGCUUGGAGCUGCGCGAAGACGCGUCGGUUGGUGUCUAUGCGCUGGAUGCCCGGACGGUCUCCGUCUCGAGUGGCGAUGCGCUCGUGGACAUUCUUUGGCGCGGCGCCGAGACGCGGGCCCACUGCGCCACCAACAUGAACGAACGCUCGAGCCGGAGCCACACGCUGCUGCAGCUCACGCUACCGACGUCCGGGCAGCGCGUCAACCUCGUCGACUUGGCGGGCUCAGAAAAGUGCAAAUACAUGGCAGGGGACGGCCAGCACGUCAAGGAGCUCAAAUUCAUCAACCAGAGCUUGUCGAAUUUAGGACAGUGCAUCACGGCGCUGCUCAAGCGCGGCAAGAAGCACGUUCCGUACCGCAACUGCAAACUCACACGAUUACUACAGCACUCGUUGGAGGGCAAGGCGCUCUGUGCCUUCAUCGUAACACUGAAUCCGUGUGCCAGCAACACAAUGGAGACGCUCUCGACCCUGCAGUUUGCAGCACGGGCGAUGAAGGUCAAGGUCGUGAGCCGUGACGCCCGACUCGCCAGCGUCGAGACCAAGGAAAUUGCAGCAUCGACUGUGUUGCUAUCGCAAGUGCAAGCGCUCCAGCUCGAGAACCAACAACUGCGCGCAGCGCUUGCCCACGAGCGGUCCCAAAAGAGCAAGCUCCUCGCGGGGUUCACGUCGUUGCUACAAGACACAGCGUCGGUCGAGCGCGUCGACUCGAGCACGCAGAUCCACCGCGAGUCGUUUUGCGUGGGUGACGAGGCCAGCGACAACAACAUGUCGGACGACGCCGCCACCAUUGUCGCGCAAACACACGCCUCGGAUGCGUUCAUUUUGGACAAGUUGUCGUUGCUCGAGCAGACCGUGCAGCGCCAACUACAGGACAUUCAACGCACCAAGGAGCGCCUCGUCCCACGCACUACCACGAUCCCGGACCAGAUCCAGUCGCCAGACAACAACAACCAAAACGACGCGACCAAUCAGUGGGAAGCAUACGUCGAUGUUCGCACGGGUUUCAAGUACUACCACAAUCCCUCGACGGGCCAGACCCAGUGGAAGAAGCCAUCGGCAGCCGGCGACGAUAGAAGAGCAGAUACCUAGUUUAAUACGAUGCGUCAAACCCUAACCCAUUGUGCCAUA